AUGGGUUUCUCGCGCCUCCUUUUGUCUGCACUUGCCACUGCUCAUAUAGGAGCCAGUUAUCUGGUUGCUCCCUCGGGAACAGCAUUUCCUGGAGCUUCCUCCGAUUGCAGUCGUUGGGUUUAUGGAACCAGCAGUCUGACUUGUGGUGCAAUCCAGUCGGAAAAUGGGAUCACCCUCGAGCAAUUUGCGACUUGGAAUCCCGACCUCUUCCAGUUGUCAAAUACCUGUGCACUGAUUUCUGGAUUCUACUACUGUGUAGAAGUCGACUUUAAAUCGACGAUCCCCCGCACAACAUCAUUGUCUUCGACUACCUUUGUCACAAGCACUACCGCCACGGGUAGCUCAUCUACCACAUGGGGGAAUGGCCUGAUCACUCCAUCCCCAAUUCAGACUGGUAUGACCGACAUUUGUUAUGUGUACCAUUUUGUUGUAUCCGGAGAAACUUGCGGGGCGAUUGCCUCUGAGGCCGAAAUAGCCCUUACCGAGUUCUACAAGUGGAAUCCUGCUGUUGGUACCGACUGCACAAAUUUGAUUGCGGGGGACUAUGUCUGUAUCAAAAUCCUUGGAUAUGGAAUAAGCGUAUCCGUCGUGCCAACCCCAAGUCCUACAAGCUUUACCAGCUCUUCAGCAGUAGUAACUGCCACCACCUCUACUACUAGCAUAGGUAAUGGCAUCACUACUCCGUCACCGAUUCAGACCGGGAUGGUCGCUACUUGCGACAAGUUUUACUUGGUUGUUUCUGGCGACACCUGCUCCGCAAUUGCACAAAAUGAAAACAUCCCGCUUGCCGACUUCUACGCCUGGAACCCUGCUGUUGGCAGUAGCUGUGCGUCUCUUGGUCUGGGGGAUUAUGUCUGUGUUGGUAUUCUUGGUGCGACCGCCACCCCCACCCCCACCGGCAAUGGUAUUACUACCCCUACGCCUAUUCAGACGGGCAUGGUUUCCAACUGUGAUGAGUUCUAUUAUGUGGUCUCGGGUGAUGGUUGUUCCAGUAUCGCGACGUCGCAGAAACUCACGGUUGCUGAGAUUGAGGAGUGGAAUCCGGCGAUUGGCACUGACUGUACCAGCCUGUGGCUUGAUACCUAUAUUUGUGUAGGUGUGUUAUAG